AUGAGUCAAAGACAUAUUCAAUGUGAACUUAAUCUUCAAAAUUUUACUGAUUUUCAACACAAUCAAUUACAAAAUAUUUUUGUUCGUGUAUCAAAUGCACUUAAUAGAUCUCGAAAUAUACCGAGUCUAAUGCUAACUGCUUAUUGCGACUCAGUGGAAUUUAGUCCUGGAACUGCUGAUGAUGGCCCGGGUGUUGUUAUUUUACUUGAACUUUUAUCAAAUUUGAUAAAUGAUAUUCGAUCAUUUAUAUCACCAACAAGAAAAUUUAUCAUGCAAUGA